UUUUCCAAGUGCCAACAUCAUCCCUGGAUCGACUGCGCCUGCGCACGACGAUCCCAUUCGUGUCCUGCAGGCAGCAUUCCGGGUGGAGAGAGUGAGUGAGAGAAAGAGAAAGACAGAAGAGAUUUGAGGCCGUAUACUGUAUAUUUACACCAAGAAAUACGAACUGUAUGUCCAAACCAGCCGCGGCGUCUAAGCAGGAUAUGGGCUCUCCAGGGCAGAUCCCGGGACAAGACAUGGAGCUCUAAGCUAGUCCUCUUCAUACAUCUCCUUUUGCUGCCUUGCACACUGCUCGCCGAAGCCACCUCUUUUACCUCUGCAAUACCGGUUUGGCUCAGACUCCUCGCAGAGAAGAAGAGGGGGGAAAAAAACAAGUGGGAGGGAGUAGUUAACUUUCCCCAGCUGUUGUCCAGACACACACAUGCUGCAUUGCUGCCAUUCCCCAAGCCCUGCUCCAUCCAUCCCUAGGGCACGGCCACUAGCUCGCUAGCUAGCUAGCACUUGGCAUAAAUACGAGGCCUGUCCUCUGGGAUAAAAAUACAAGUAGACUUUGUACACUUGCCACUUUCUUUUUUCUAUCUUUUCUGGGUCUCCCAGCCGAACACUUGGUAACUGGGGCUCCUUUUGUUAAGCUGUCAUUCCCACUGCUUUGAGCAGUGGACGAUUGCUAGUAGCCAGCCAGCCAGUCAGUCAGUCAUUUAUUUAGCCAGGCAGGCAAACUGAGGAAGCCAGAGGGAUUGGUUAUCAGAGGCCAGGAUGAUGGAGCCCAGCAUGGAAAACUGCCUGACCCAGGUCCUGCAGAAGGACAUGGGCCGUCGGCUGCAGGUGGGGCAGGAGAUCAUUGAUUACAUUCUGGAUAAGGAGAAGUCCCACGACCUGGAGCAGGAUCAGACAGUACUGGACAAGAUGGUGGACGGCAUCGCAAGCUCCUGGGUCAACUCCAGCAACUUCAAGGUGGCUCUGCUCGGCUUGGACCUCUUAUCUGCCUUAGUGACAAGGUUACAGGAGCGAUUUAGGGCCCACGUGGCAACAGUUCUGCCCAGCCUUAUUGAUCGAUUGGGAGAUUCUAAAGACCAAGUGCGAGACCAAGACCAAACAGUGCUGCUAAAGAUCAUGGAACAAGCUGCCAGCCCGCAGUAUGUGUGGGACAGAAUGCUGGGAGGCUUCAAACACAAGAACAACAGGACCAGAGAAGGAGUGUGCCUUUGCCUCAUCGCCACACUGAGCAUAUACGGAGCUCAAGGCCUGACCCUCAGUAAAAUAGUUCCCCACAUAUGUAACCUGUUGGGGGACCCCACAAGUCAGGUACGUGACGGAGCUAUGAGCUGCUUGGUGGAGAUCUACAGACAUGUGGGUGAGAGGGUGAGGAUGGAUCUCAGCAAAAAGGGGCUGCCACAGUCACGGUUGAAUGUAAUCUUCAGCAAAUUUGAUGAAGUCCAAAGAUCCGGGACCAUGAUCCCAUCCUGUGGCUCAGAUAAGAACUUUGAGGAUGAAGACUCUGUGGAUGGAGGCCGGUCCUCCUCCUCGUCAUCUUCCAAAGCGCCCCCCAGUGGCAAGAGGACGGUAAUAAGCUCCGUUAGAAGACCCAGCUCAGCCACCACAACUAAGCCCACAGUCAAAGAGGCAGCUGCUGGUGCUGUUGAUGAAGAGGACUUCAUCAAAGCCUUUGAAGACGUGCCCUCAGUCCAGUUCUACUCCAACAGAGAGCUAGAGGACCAUCUGGCCAAGAUCAGAGAAGUUCUGUCUGAUGACAAACAUGACUGGGAGCACCGAGUGGUAGCGCUGAAGAAGGUCCGUUCUCUCCUGAUGGCCGGGGCGACUGAGUACGAGGGUUUCCCCCAACAGCUGCGUCUCCUGGAGGCUCCCCUCAAGCUGUCAGCUAAAGACCUGCGCUCACAGGUGGUGCGCGAGGCCUGCAUCACACUGGGACAUUUGUCCUUAUUACUGGGUAACAAGUUUGACCACGGAGCGGAGAGCAUCAUGCCCACACUGCUGAACCUUGUGCCCAACAGUGCCAAAAUCAUGGCCACGUCCGGAGUGGCCACCAUCCGCCUCAUCCUCAGGCGCACACACUACCCACGUCUCAUCCCCAUCAUCACCAGUAACUGCACCUGCAAAUCAGUCGCAGUCAGACGACGCUGUUAUGAGUUCCUAGACCUCAUGUUACAGGAGUGGCACACUAAUACUCUUGAAAGACAUGUGGCUGUUCUGACUGAGACCAUCAAGAAAGGCAUACACGAUGCUGACUCUGAGGCCAGAUCCAUUGCAAGAAAGUGCUAUUGGGGUUUCCAUGGUCACUACAGCCGGGAGGCAGAGCACCUAUUCCAGGCGCUGGAGUCCACCUAUCAGAAGGCUCUCCAGUCUCACCUGAAGAGCUCUGACAGCAUCGUGUCUCUACCCCAGUCUGACCGCUCGUCCUCGUCCUCCCAGGAGAGUCUGAACCGGCCAUUGUCUGUGAAGAGCGUCAUUGGAGGGAGCAUAACAAGGAGUAAGCUGGUGGGCUCCAGGGUGUCUACUUCUUCGGGUUCUCUCCAGCGUUCCCGCAGUGACAUCGAUGUGAAUGCCGCCUCCAACGCCAAGUCACGUCUGUCCACCGUCCCUGCCUCCUCGCCGUUCGGCUCUGCGGCUGCCCUUCCUCCAGGGUCCUACGCCUCAUUAGAUGGCAAUCCUGGUAAAAGCGAUGGUCGUGUUCGUACCAGGAGACAAAGCUCGGGCAGUGCGGGCGGAGCCAGUUCCUCAGUGGUGGACAGUAGGGGACGCAGCCGAGCCAAAAUUGUCUCCCAGUCCCAGCGAUCCAGAUCAGCCAAUCCCAUCAAUGCGGGCAGUCGCUCCAGCUCCCCAGGCAAACUGCUCGGCCACAGCAGCUACGGCCGGAUCCCUCGAGCCACGGUGUCGGCCUCCAACACGCCAGCAGACAAGCGCACCAGGAUCCCUCGCAGCCAGGGCUGCAGCCGCGACACCAGCCCGAGCCGACUGGGACUCGCCAGCCUGUGUGGUAAAGCUCUUCUUCCUGCUGCUCUUCCCUACCGCACGCUAGCCCGGAGCCGCAUUCCCCGUCCCAGCAUGAGUCAGGGUUGCAGUCGCGACACCAGUCGCGAGAGCAGCCGCGACACCAGCCCUGCUCGGGGCUUCACUCCUCUGGCCUCCCGACGUCACUCCCGUUCAACCAGCGCUCUGUCCACAGCCGACCCCCACAGCCAGUCAGACCGAUAUGGUUUGAUUCACCAAGCGAGGAUCUCUGCAUCUGUCAACGCCAUGAGGGUCCUUAACACCGGCACAGAGGUGGAGGCUGCAGUUGCUGAUGCUCUGCUAUUAGGAGACUCCAGGAAUAAGAGGAAGCCGAUGAGGCGGAGGUACGAAUCACCGGGGAUGUACUCUGAUGACGAUGCCAACAGUGAUGCGUCCAGUGCCUGCUCAGAGCGCUCGUAUGGCUCGAGGAACGGAGGCAUCCCCCAUUACCUGCGGCAGACGGAGGAUGUGGCCGAGGUCCUGAACCACUGCGCCAGCUCCAACUGGUCAGAGAGGAAGGAGGGCCUGCUGGGCCUGCAGAACCUCUUCAAGAGCCAAAGAAUACUCAGCCGAGUGGAGCUGAAGAGACUUUGUGAGAUCUUCACAAGGAUGUUUGCAGACCCACAUAGCAAGAGAGUGUUCAGCAUGUUCCUGGAGACUCUGGUGGACUUCAUCACAGUCCACAGGGAGGACCUGCAGGACUGGCUCUUUGUGCUGCUCACUCAGCUGCUGAAAAAGAUGGGGGCCGACCUGCUGGGCUCAGUCCAGGCCAAAGUCCAGAAGGCCCUGGAUGUCACAAGGGAGUCCUUCCCAUUCGACCAACAGUUCAACAUUCUGAUGAGGUUCAUCGUCGAUCAGACUCAGACACCUAACCUGAAGGUUAAGGUGGCCAUUUUGAAGUACAUCGAUUCCCUGGCUCGGCAGAUGGACCCGACAGACUUUGUCAACUCCAGCGAGACGCGUCUGGCCGUCUCUCGCAUCAUCACCUGGACCACUGAACCCAAAAGUUCUGAUGUCAGGAAGGCGGCCCAGGUGGUGCUGAUCGCUCUGUUUGAGCUCAACACCCCAGAGUUCACCAUGCUGCUCGGAGCUCUCCCCAAAACUUUCCAGGAUGGAGCCACCAAACUGCUGCAUAACCACCUGAAGAACUCCAGCAACACCAGCAGCAGUGUGGGGUCUCCGAGCAACACCAUUGGCCGGACGCCAACACGCCACACCCCCAGCAGAACCAGCCCUCUCACCUCUCCAACUAACUGUUCCCACGGAGGACUGUCUCCAAGUCGGUUAUGGGGUUGGGGUGUCGACGGACUGUCAAAGCAUCCCCCUGCCCCUCCUCCUCCGCCCCACUCCACCCCUGCUGCCCCCUCCAUAAGGGUCCUCCGCAGAGCAUAUUCACCGAGCAUGAUGGAGUACGACACCGAGAACAUGAACUCUGAAGAGAUCUACAGCUCGCUGCGCGGCGUCACCGAGGCCAUCCAGAGCUUCAGCUACCGGAGCCAGGAGGACCUGAAUGAGCCAAUCAGACAGGAGGGCAAGAGGGACGAUGCUGCAGGAAGAGAGGGCGUGGCGUCCUCUCCUGGCUCUGACGCCCGCCUUGGCUUAGACGUGGUGGAAGGAGGUCGUACCGCCUUAGACAACAAGACCUCACUACUCAACACACCAUCACCUCGCUCGUUCUCUGGGCCACGGAGCCGCGAGUUCGCCCCUUAUGGCUACGGAGAAACCAUCUGCACGUAUGACAAGAGCGCCAUGAAGGAGGCCGUCUUUGAUGAUGACGUGGAGCAGUUUCGAGACUGCCGACGUCAGGAAAGUGGUGAAAACAAGAUGACGCUCCCCAAGGUCUUUGCUCCCGCUGGCGGUCAGGACCACUCAGACCUGGUGGCCGACCUGCUUAAGGAACUGUCCAAUCACAACGAGCGCUCUGAGGAGCGUAAAGGCGCUCUGGUGGAGCUGCUGAAGAUCACACGAGAAGACAACAUGGCUGUGUGGGAUGAACACUUUAAAACCAUCCUUCUCCUCCUGCUGGAGACGCUGGGUGAUAAAGAUCACACCAUCCGAGCCCUGGCUCUGCGUUUGCUGAAAGAAAUCCUGAGGAACCAGCCGGCCCGCUUUAAAAACUAUGCCGAGCUAACCAUCAUGAAGACCCUGGAGGCUCACAAAGACUCUCACAAGGAGGUGGUGCGUGCAGCUGAGGAGGCGGCAUCCACCCUGGCCGGGUCCAUCCACCCGGAGCAGUGCAUCAAGGUGCUGUGUCCUAUUGUGCAGACAGCCGACUACCCCAUCAACUUGGCUGCCAUCAAGAUGCAAACCAAAGUCAUUGAACGCAUCGCCAAGGACUCCUUACUGCAGCUGCUGCCUGACAUCAUCCCCGGACUCCUACAGGGCUAUGACAACACAGAGAGCAGCGUUCGCAAGGCCAGCGUGUUCUGUCUGGUGGCUAUCUACUCUGUGAUUGGCGAGGAUCUCAAACCCCACCUGGCACUGCUCACGGGCAGCAAGAUGAAGUUACUGAACCUGUACAUCAAGCGAGCCCAGACGACCAACAGCAAUAGCAGCAGUUCCUCGGACGUCUCCUCUCACAGUUAAUGGAGGGAGGUUUCAUCUGAAAACCCUGUGGACGUCUCCUCCUCCUCCUCCUCCUCCUCCUCCUCCUCCUCCUCCUCAUCAUAACUCCAGCUCCACUGCGCUUGCCUCCUGUUCCGAGGAGAUCCUCUCAGCAACCUAUCUGUCAUUUAGUUCUCCUCCCCACGUUUCCUCUAGAAACUUUUGAAUGUAACUGUGGAUUGGGAUUUCACUGGUGGGGAGGGAAUCAACACAUUUUUGGAUUAUGGGAAAUGCACUUUCUCUUCAUCCACCUUCUGUCUAUGGCGGCUCGUCUCCCCUCGAGCCCUCACAUUUGGUAUAUUAAAGAGUUCAUACAUGAUACCGGAAAUCUUCCUGAUCAGAGUGGAGACAUUUCUGUCUGAUCGACUACAGGUUGGGAUGAAAUGUCAUUUGGCUGGCCCAGUGAUGGUGAUAAGCGUAUAACGUAUUCUGGAUUAGGAAGUUUAAAAACCAAAUAUUGUAAGGAAAAAAGAAAAUGUGUAAGGGAAAAUUAGAAAUGAGAGUUUGAAGUACUGGAUGAAUUUGUAGUUGAUCGUGGCUCAUAGAAGCCUUCACUAAAACAUUGUGACGCUCGACAAGGUAACAAGAAAAAGAGAACUGUCCGGCUACAUAAUUGACAAUCCUUCAAAUUUAGUGCAGAUCUUUCUUUUGAGAAUUUAAAAUUCACAAUCUGCCGAAUCUGUGACAUUUGACUUGUAAAUCUCUGAGGUUGCUGCUCAGUGCAGGCCGGUGUUUGAAGAGGAAGUCCUUCUGUAAAUACUGCAGAUGUUUUCCCUGCUGGGAGUUGGGAGGGAGACGAGCGUUCCGAGACAUCAAAAAGACAUUAGCGGGCCUUACUCACGUUGCACGACAGUAAUGUUAGUCGACUGGGACUGAUGUACAGCACUGUAAGUCUUGGCUCUCAAAAAAAUGUGAAUCUGCAGGAAAAGGGACCCCGGCAGUGACCUGUGAUGAUGCAAAUACAGUAUUAGUCGUUUCCUCUGAUCUCUUUCACGUAACCACACCGCUUCUGCAAUAACCCUAAAGCCACAAACAAAGGUAUUUUGUACAUACACUUUUUGACCACUGCUUCGCAAGGUUUUACAUAAUGUCAAUGAAAAGAAAAGCAAAGGGGUUGACUAUCUCUCUUUUUGCACGUAGAAAAUAUCUUGCAUGUAACCUGCAGCACAUGCCAACUUGCUGUUUUGAAGGGCCCAGGCUUUUUGGCUGUUAAAGUGCACUUGUGACAUCAUCAGAUGAAUCAUGUCUGAUUUAAUGUUUCAGUAGAGGAGAUAGUCACACAUCAGCCACACUCGUAUGUAAAAGGUACAAACGUUGACCGAAACCAUGCGUUUGGUUCAAGCUGGUAGAAAUCACACCUCUGUUUUUAGUUCAGUGUUAAGUUUAAAGAAGCUUUAAAAUGUUGGAUCUUAUGUCCAGCCAUGGAAGAUUUCCUCCAUCGGAUCAGAUGUUUGAUUGUUGGAUAUGAUUUGGUUGAUCAUGAUACUCCACUGUAGGAAGGGAUCAGACUCAUUUUGCCUUUUUAAAUUCUGUUCUCUCAUUUGCUAAACUUUAAGCAAAUGCAUCCUUACAAACGGGAGAUAUUCCUGAUUUCACCUUCAGUCCGAGUCCAUUUGGGACUCACUGUUUUUAGUUGAGUGGAGUUUCGUUCAGGGAAUCCACUGCGAGUGGGCCAAUUGUGGUUAUUUAAGUAAAUGAAUGUACAGAUUAAUGUGUUAUAAUUAGCUUUUGAAGUAUUGGUACUGGAAAUGAUUUUGUCAACACGCAGCCCUGUACACUGUAACAUGCCUGUCUGCUCUCCCUUACUGUUCUUGCUCCUGAAGUCCCUCAACACUUUCACACAUUAAUCUGUUUUGUUUUGAAGCCAAUUAAAGCGAAUGCACACAUGACAUCAGGGGAAGGUUCCCCAACCUGCAAAGGAGCAUAUGUAAUCACAUUACUGCUAUAGAAACAGACGACAUGGUAUUCCCUGCGAGCUGUUCACUAUGCAUGUUCUACAGUACACUGUCUUUCUUUUGUCUCAGUCGGUCAUGUAAUGUUCAAACCUGUAUUUAUAUAUUUUAUUUUAUUUUAUUUUGUUCUCAUGAUAAACUGUACAGAAGGUUUCUUUUGUUAACUUCCACCUGUGAUAGGUUUGCAACAAUGUAAAGAAGUUGUUUGCUCUAGAAAUAAACAGACUAAGAACUGA